CAACAGCGGUGGCCGUCGGCCGUCCGUGAAUCCACGGAGCCUACGGGAGUAUGCCGGGAAGGUUGGAUCCAAUGGGGUGUAACUUUCCAGUGUGGCCGGCACCUCACCUUGCCUUAUUUCCUUGUCUUUUAUGGAAAGCAUGGAAGAAAAUCCGCCGGACCCGCGGGAUAGUCGUCUAUACAAGCACUCUCACUCAUUCACUGCUUCUCAUCCGGGUACACAGGAAGGUAUAUAAUUCAGCCUAUACGUGCGCCCCUUCGUCUAUCUCGACGCUCAGAUUACACACCCCGCUAAGUUCUGGCGUAAUCAAAAGACUGAGAUGCACGUCUGCACACUUCCUCAGUCUCCGGUGCAUAUCGUCGGCGGGCAGCGUCGGUCAGCUUGGUAUCACGGUUUGCCGCGCUGGCGACCGAGUAAGGUCAUAUCUUCGAGACCCGCGACACCCUUGAAGCAAGGCUUGCCUGUCAGGUCUCUCAAGCGCUCUCAGCGUUCUCAAUCGCAGACGAUGGCGCGUACAUCUCAAGAUGGUGGUGAUCAGAGAUGGAAGAGCUUCGAUGUGGACGAAAAGCUGCUCGAGGAGAAGGCGUCCUUGGUGGAGGUAUCAGAGUUGGAGGUUAGACCACUACUCGAUCCCGACGAAGAGUAUACCUCUUCGUCUCCGACAGAGUGUCUCCCACGGAAGCGGUCUCUGAAGACCCGCUUCAGGAUUCGGCGUCUUUCGCGGUCGCAGCGCAGUCCUCAAAGCUCGGAGAGCAAGGCUUCGGAGGAGGACUCUCACUCUUCUUCAAGAAACAAGAAGCAGUCGCCCGGUACGCGCAAGUCACAGAGCGAGGACGCCUUCGGAAACCAACGUGGCAGCUCUAUGAACAGCAUGGCUUACCACAUCGCGGUCGGCUUGACAUGGAGCAUGCCGGCCCCUUUCGAUAUGAUGCCCAUAGGAUACCCAACGAGAUUGUUCUAGGGUUGAUGUGCUGUUCGUAACUUGGGAGAGACAAUGAGGGCACGCUGGUGUCGAGGCGUUUUGGAGGUUUGGUAACGGCGUUUGGGUAGCUCGACGGACGGGACUUUUGCUUUGUCUUCUACUUUACAAUAUCCUAUUUGAGAAAUGAGCU